AUGCCGGAGCUUUGCGACAUCCACACCUUGGCUUGCACCCAGCUGUUUCCCUUCGCCCUGAAGUUCUGCAGUGGCAGUGCUCUGAGCAUGUUGCGGGCGGCCGGCCCCAUUUUCUCGGAGGCCAUCCCCGAGUCUUCACCAUUGUGGAAGGAAUUGCUGCAGGAGUCCUCUGCGUGGCUUCAUGAUUCCAAGACAUCCUUGAUGCACAAGGCCCACCGCUUGAGCGUGGCUGCCGAGAGAUGUCGGUUUGACAGGGAAGAUGGCAGCCUUCAGGUGCCACACCCCACACCUGUCAACAAGAGCCGCCGGUACCGACUCAUUGUCACGGGCGCACGGCGCAGCGGCAUUUCCACCUUGGUGCGGAUCAUGGCGGGACGCGAGGAGCUCGACAAUCAGGGCAAGGACAUGUCGUUGGUGAACUUCUCGGCCGACUUGGACGGCCAAGUUCUCUCCAUCUCUGCGGUGGACAAACGCUCAACCGCCAUCGUGACCCCGUUAUCAGCCGCCCUUUACAACGGUCAUAGCGCAGCACUCUUCGUCUUUGAUGCUGCCAAUGCGGAUUCGCUGAAGACCACGGCCUGCUGUAUCGCUGAGCUUCAGCAGACGGUUGGGCCACAGAAGUUCCGACGCAUGCCCAAGCUCCUGGUGUGUCACAAGGCGGAUGUGCUGCCGAAGGUGGAAGAUCGCCUGGCGGAACUACCUGCCAUGUGUGAAGCCUUGCUAUCGACCUAUGGAAUGGAUCUAGUCUUCACCACCAGGGAGGACCUCCGUCAUGAUGAUGUUCGGAGAGACGCGAUUCCAUUCAGGAAGAUAGCAGGUCCCCAGCUGGAUGUUCCUUUGGGCACCUCCAAGGACCAAUUGGGAACGCUCCUGAAUCAGCUGCUGGAGAAUAGCGAAGAAAUGCCUUACAGCUUUCACCUGGAAGACACGGAGAUCACCUCCAACUUGGCGGCGUCCUUCGGCAAACUCUCCAAAGGCCAACAGUCCACUGAGCGUGUGCUGAACAUCACCUACUACCCCUUGGCUGUGUUCCGCGUUCGGCCCGUCACGCGCUGCACUUCUUCGCUCAGCGGCCACAUCGAGGCGGUGCUGUGCGUGGCCUUUUCGCCGGAUAGUCGACAGCUGGCCACCGGGAGUGGCGACUCCACGGUGAGGCUGUGGGAUCUCAACACCGAGCUGCCGAAACACACCUGCAAAGGUCACUUGAACUGGGUGCUGGCCGUUGCUUGGUCGCCCGAUGGCUCCCGACUCACCUCCGCUGGCAUGGAUAAGAUUGUACUGGUCUGGUGUGCCCAAAGUGGCAAGAACUUGGGGGCCUUGCGUGGGCAUACGCAGCCCGUGACCUGCCUGUGCUGGCAGCCCUUGCACGUCACAGAGGGCGACAGUUUUCCAUUUCUGGCGACCAGUUCGAAGGAUGCGGCGGUGAGGAUUUGGGAUACGACCGCCGGCACGUGCGUGAGAAGCCUCACCUCGCACUCCCAGCCGGUGAUGCAAGUGCGCUGGUCGGGCGAGCGCCCGGACAUCGGCGGGGUGAUCUACAGCGCUGGGCGGGAUUGUGUGACCGGGCGGCACAAGAGACUGGGCGUUGUACAGGGGAGCGAACUCAAAGGCCACGGUCAUUGGGUGAACACCUUGGCGUUGAACACGGAUUAUGUGCUUCGCUCGGGGCCCUUCACUCAUGAGCCACAGAAGUUCAAAGACCUGGCGGAGAAGAAGGAAGCGGCCAAGAAGCGUUACGAUGAAGCCAUCCAGCUUUGCGGGGGCGAGCGGCUUCUCAGUGGCUCGGAUGACUUCACUUUGUUCCUUUGGAGACCUGUGGUAUCCAAGACAGCAGUGUGCCGAAUGACAGGGCACCAGAAGAUCGUGAACCAAGUGGCCUUCUCACCAGACGGCCGCUGGUUUGCCUCGGCGUCCUUCGACAAGUCGGUGAGGCUUUGGGAUGGAAGGACUGGAAAGUACGUGCACGCCUUCCGAGGGCAUGUCGGUGAUGUCUAUCAGCUGGCCUGGUCCGCGGAUAGCAGACUUUUGGUGAGCGUCUCCAAGGACGGCUGUGGUAUGCUGUGGUGUGAUGUGCCAGGUAGCAAGAGGGCACCUAGCUGCUAG